AAAAUAAUUGACUCUAUCCUGAAUGGAAAAUUGUGCCCUUGCUCACCAAAGAAAUAGUUUCAGAACAGAACCAAAUGGAUUGGUCUCUAUGCAUCAGGUCAGAAUUUCAAUUGUUGAAUUGAAAUAUUUAGAAAAUUUUACCAAACACCUCUUGACUGCAGUGUAUGACUGUAAGCCCAUUAUCAUUUACCAUCUUCUAUCACAUGGAUGUGCUGUGAUUUUGGACUACCAUAUCAUGCAGUAGGCAUUUAUAGAAUCUCCCUAACAUUAUAUAUCUUCUCACAUGAUAUCAGCAGUUAGGAUUCAUCAUUCGUGUAUCCUUAAUGUUUUUCCCUCCAUUCUUUCUACUUCCUCCACUGAACAGUCUUUUUUGUCUGUAUUAUAUCUAUUAAUUUUUCUCUCCUGUAAUGUUAUUAUUCAGUUUUUCAACAAUAAGCAAGUUGUUUUUCUACUGCUCUAUAUUUUUUUAAAAAAUGUUUGUUUACUUUGAAAUCAUAAAUUGUUGACCGAAGCCAUCAAAAUCACAGCUUGGACUAUGUGCGCCAGUUCUCAACAAAAAUCUGUGGAAAGUGAAGAACAAACCAAAACUGAAGAAUUUCUUCACAACUUUCACCUGUAGAAUGAAUACAUUUUGAACAACAUAAAGAAUUAUUGACUUGACCAAAUCUUGUCUGGGUUUGAGGUUCCUUGGUAAAUUCGUUCUUUUAGGUCUAAGUUUGCUAUAAAUGUUUGAGCAUGGAGGAACUCUCAAGCUUAGAGGUUGAAAAUGAGAGGAAAAAACAGCAAGAGAUGCCUAUCCCUGAUUUUGGCUAUUUGUCUUCUAACAUCAUACAAAGAAUUGUCCAUGGCAAAUGACAUGAACCCCACAAAAAUCCCUGUUAAAAUAGGCUUGAUUCUUGACAAGAGCUCGUGGGCUGGGAUGAUGGGGCUUAGCUGUGUGUCUUUUGCCCUGUCUGAUUUUUAUGCUUCCCAUGGUUACUACAGGACUAGGCUGGUUCUGCAUUUCAGGGAUUCCAAAGAUAGUGUUAUUGGGGCAGCUUCAGCAGCUUCAAACUUGAUAAAAGAUGUGGGAGUGCAAGCCAUUAUUGGUCCACAGACAUCCAUGCAAGCUAAUUUUGUAAUUAGUCUUGGAGAUGAUGCUCAAGUGCCCAUUGUUUCGUUCUCUGCUACAAGCCCCUCCCUUUCCUCACUCAGGAGUAAAUUUUUCAUCCGGGCCACCUUGAAUGACUCAUCUCAAGUAAAAGCCAUAAGUUCAAUCAUUCAAGCUUUUGGCUGGAGGGCAGCUGUCCCUAUAUACAUAGACACUGAAUUUGGAGAAGGCAUUAUGCCUUACUUAGCUGAUGCCCUGCAGGAAGUUGAAACUCACAUCCCUUAUCGGAGUGUCAUCCGUGCCUCCGCCACUGAUGAUGAGCUUGUAGCAGAGCUUUACAAGUUGAUGACGAUGCAAACCAGAGUUUUUAUUGUGCAUAUGCCACCAACUCUUGGCAUUCGUCUUUUCAACAAAGCCAGAGAGGUCGGAAUGAUGAGCGAAGGUUAUGUCUGGAUUAUAACUACUGGUAUAACUAACCAUUUCAGCUUGGUGCAUCCUUCUGCCCAUAGUUCAAUGCAAGGGGUCCUAGGAAUAAAAGUCCAUGUUCCGAAAAGAAAGAAACUUGAAAAUUUUAUUCUUCGCUGGAAAAGGAAGUUUCAAAGACAUAGUCCUGUAGAUUUGAGGGUAUUUGGGUUGUGGGCGUAUGAUGCUGCCAGAGCUCUGGCUAUAGCUACUGAAGAAAUUGUAGCUAGAGAAAUGAAUACAAACAACCUGAUCGACUCACGGGACUUGAAGGUAACUAGUCUCGUCUCUGAAAUUGGUAAGCAUCUUCCUCGAGCAUUAUCAAGGGCUAGAUUUGAUGGCCUUGGUGGGGAUUUCAAUAUUGUUAAUGGUGAGUUACAGUCAUCAUAUUUUCAGAUAGUGAAUUUGAUGGGUAAAAAGUGGAGAGGAGUUGGAUUUUGGACGCCAAGGUUGGGGAUUACCAAGAAACCGAAUGCCCCUAUUUCAGAACAACACGAUUCUACAAAGGUCAAUAUUAAAGCCAUUGUAUGGCCGGGAAAUGUUACCUCCAUUCCAAAGGGUUGGGUAAUACCAACAAAUGGCAAGAAGCUCAGAAUUGGUGUUCCGGUAAGGAGUGGUUCUAAUGCCUUCGUAAAUGUGAUAAACGAUCCUCAUACUGGCAUGACCACAUUUACUGGCUACUGUAUUGAUGUCUUUGAUUCCGUGAUGGCAAUGCUGCCCUACAAUGUUCCUUACCAGUAUGUUCCCUUUGCUUUUCCCAAUGGUAGUAGUGCUGGUUCAUACAAUGACUUGGUCUUUCAGGUUUAUCUCGGGAAAUUUGAUGCUGCAGCAGGAGAUAUUACGAUCAGGGCCAACAGGUCUAAAUAUGUCGACUUUACACAACCAUUCAUCGAGUCUGGUAUUACCAUGGUUGUUCCUGUCAAGGAUCGGAGGAAGGGAGCAUGGACUUUCUUGAAACCAUUGACUUGGGAUCUUUGGGUGACAAGUGGUUGUUUCUUUGUUUUUAUGGGGUUUGUGAUAUGGAUUCUUGAACAUCGAACCAAUGAGGAAUUUAGAGGCUCUCCUCAUCAACAAGUUGGCACCGGCUUCUGGUUCUCGUUUUCAAUCAUGGUGUUUGCUCAUAAGGAGAAAGUGGUGAGUCAUCUUGCGAGGUUUGUGGUAAUCAUCUGGUGCUUUGUGGUCCUGAUACUAACCCAAAGUUACACAGCUAGCUUGGCUUCAAUGCUAACCAUUCAGCAGCUCGAACCCGCUGUUAGCAGCGUGCGCGAGCUGACUGAGAGACGUGAAAACGUUGGCUAUGCAAAGGGCUCGUUCAUCCAUCAACUAUUAACAAUGCAGAUGAACUUCAGCGAGUCUCAGCUCAAAGCCUACGACACCUUAGAUGAACUGGAUGAUUCUUUCUCGAAUGGAGGUAUAUCUGCUGUUUUUGGUGAAAUUCCUUACAUGAAGCUUUUUCUGGGUAAACAUUGCUCCAAGUAUACCAUGGUCUCACCAACGAUUAAAACCGACGGAUUUGGCUUUGUGUUUCCAAUUAGAUCUCCUCUGGUGCCUGAUGUAUCACGAUCAAUCUUGAACCUGACUGAAGGAGGGAGGAUAUCCGGGAUAGAGAAAACCUGGUUCGGGCAGCCAACAAUGCCGCCUUGUCCUGAUGAAUCAAGCACAAUGGGAUUAUCAAACAGCCUGAGUCUUCACAGCUUCUGGGGUCUAUUCCUGAUUGUUGGGAUCGCUUCAUCCCUCGCUGUUAUCAUAUUUACAUCCAUGUUACUCUACCAGCACCGACGCUUCUUGAAGCAUUUGCGCCCGAAAGACUGGUGGAGAAGAAUUGUCUUGUUACCUAAAUGCAUCAAGAACUCAGAGCAGAACGAUAUUGAGGUUUCAUCCAUUAGUGUUGUUCAUGGAUUGCCACCACCCACCAACUGAAUUCUUGGAUUUUCCGAACCCCAAAUGUUUGGGAUCUGUCUCCUUCCAGAGGUGAAAGAGAUUCCUUACAGUGAAACAUAGAUUUCUAAGAACAUGAUGCGUUUUGCAGGAAGAUAUGUAAAAAUCUUUCUUAGUUCUUUUUGAGGUUUUCAGAAGAAACUAGCAGGUCGGAUUUUAA